AUGUGGGAGAUGAUGUGGGAGACAGUAUCUGACUCGACCGUUAACAGCAUCCCCGAGAACCCCGGCGAGAGCAGCUCAACCAGUCACCGUGUGACGACUUCGUCGUCAAGCCGACCGACGCUCGGCUGGCCCUUUCAGAGCCAUUCGCACAACCGGUCGAUAUCGGGAUCAUGGGCGCGCCACUCACGCUCCGGGUCGAGAUCGAGGUCGGGCUCGACCCCCCGCCGGAGCAGCCGCCUCAGCAGCAGCCGCCGGAGCAACGGGUGGAUGAGCCUGCGGCCGGCAUCCAGCCUGGUGGGCGACGACGUCAUCCCCGACUACGUCAUCAACUACAUCCACGGGGAGACGCCCGAGUCUCUCGCCAAGAAGAGGGAGCGCGCCGCGGCCAAGAUCCGGACGGCGGAGAUGCACCGCGGCGAGAACAUCCAGUCGCGGGCCGCCGAAUUGGACCACGUCAACUCGCAACGAGAUCUGGAGAAGGGCGCGGGAGGAGCGCUGAGGAGGAUGAUGACGGGCUGGAAGGGAGGGAUAAUCCUCAACCUGCUACUGGGAGCCGUGGUCUUCAUCGCCUCGGUCGUGUGCAUCGGCCUGGCCGCCGCUCGGGGCCGCUUCGCAGGGCAGGAAGCCAAGGUGGUGGUGGAGGGACGGUGCGGCAGGGUGAGCAGCCUGUCGGCAGGGCUCAACGCCCUGGUCAACGUGCUGGCCGUCCUCAUGCUCGCCGGCGCAAACUACACGGCCCAGACCCUGGCCAGCCCGACGAGGAGUGAGGUGGCGGAGGCGCACGCCCGCCUGGGCUGGAUGGACAUCGGGAUCCCGUCCCUCCGAAAUCUCGGCGGCAUCUCCCGGGGCCGGGCGGCGCUGUCCGUCAUGGCCGUGAUGCUCGCCAUGGGGGCGCAGGUCGUGUACAACUCGCUCACCUUCAUCGCGCAGACCAACUCCUCGACCUGCUCCCUGUACCUCAACGGCCCUCUCCUCGCGACGGUGGCCGGCCUCUACCUGCUCUUCAUGUUCACCCUGGCGGCCACGGUCACGCUGGUGGGCGGGUCGUCGACGCGGCUCGUCACCCUCGGCGACGCCAUCUCGUCGUUCCUGACCGACCCGGACAGCACGACGGAAGGCGCGUGCCUCGUGACCAAGGCGGACAUCGUCUCCAAGCGGUGGGGCUGCGGCCAGGCACGAUACUGGUUCACGGAGCGACACCUCUGGGGUCAGACCCCCUCCCCGACGCGAUGGGCAGCGUGGUUCGCGACGUGGGUCGUCCCCACGGGCCUGACGGCGGCGAUGGUGGGGAUGGCCGUCACGGACGAGCCCGGGAAGAAGGCCGCCCUGCUCUCCUCGCUGACGAGCACGACGGCGACGUACGACCUGCCGCCCGGGCUGGGGCGGGUGGGAGCGUGCGUCGUGCUCGCCCUGCCGCACCUCCUGCUGGCGGUGCUGUACCUGACCACCAACGCCCUCCUGAGCGUGUACCGGCUGUCGCACGAAUUCUCACAGUUCAGCGCCCCGGGGGUCCCGCAGGGCCUGCGCGUCUCGUCCGCGGCGGCGCGCGGAUCCCAGGUCUCGUCGCUGCACCUGACCCUGCCGCUCGCGUGGUCGUCGGCGGCGGUGGUGGUGUUCGCCGGCGCGGGACUGAUGCUCGGCCAAUCGUUCCGCGUCGUGGUGGCGCCGGGCAGCGACGGCGAGAGGAUGGCCAUCGGCCUCAACGUGCUGCCUCUCGUGAUCCUCCUGGCCGUGCUGGCGGCCACGGGUGCCGUGGUGGGGCUCCUCUCGCUGCGCCGGGCCGCCCCCGCCGCAGACGGCCGGUCGUCGACCCCGGUCUCCGUGGACGAGGAGGUGGCCCGUCGGCGCGACGGCAACCCGCUGGCCCUCAAGGGGGGGUCGUGCUCGGCCGUCAUCAGCGCCAGGUGCCACCCUUCCUCGGCUGAGGGGUCGGGGUUGGCGUCGAUGCCGCUGGUCUGGGGCGUCGUGUACGAGGGAGAGGGCGGUUCCGGGAGCAAGGUAGGCCAUGCCGCCUUCUCGAGCAGGCCGGUCGGCAUGCUCAACGUGGCCAAGGCGUAUGCUUGA